AUGUUUUUUUAUAAGCCAUACGAAGUAAUUCCUGUAAGUAACGAUACACUGGCUGAUAUCCAAAAUGAAAUGUUUUAUUUGUUUUGUUACGAUAAUAUUUCACUCUCGUGUUAUGAGAACAUUCAAAUUAAAACAUUAUACGAUUUACCAAAUAAUCAAAAAGUUGUUAUUCGCUCUCCAACUCUAUUGAAUAGAAACAAAUUGGUGCAAAAGUCUGUAAAGCGAGAAGGACAAAACAUCACAUUAUUUUCAAAUAAUCUCCACCUGGUAUUAAAAAUGCAAUUGGCUGAAAAUGAAUAUGUGGUGGAGUCUGCAAAGUCUUUAGACGGUGCCCUUUAUAUCACAUCACAAAGAUUUAUUCAUGUUUCUGUCAAAGACAAACAACAAGUUGUUGAAGAUAUUUCACUUAACGCUAUAUUUAAUCAACGGUAUUAUAAUGGAGUGUUGAGCAUUGGAUUAAAUCCUUUUUAUAAUGCAGAUUUACCAGAUAAUUUGAACAUCCCACUGCAGCGGGAUGAAGCAAUUAAUAUUGGAAAUGGAAUCAAAAAGCUUCGAAUAGUAAAUCCUAAAGAUAAACCAGAAGUUCGAAAUUAUUACUUAACACAACCUUUUAGAGCAGAAAGAAAGAGUCUUAUUGAUUAUGAUUCAGACUUCUUUAAAAUUUACACCAAUACCAACUAUAAGUUAUGUGCAACAUAUCCACCAUCUUUUGUGAUUCCAAAACCUGUUGCUGAUGAUACGAUAUUAAAAUGCGCCGAAUUUAGGUCAAAAGGGAGGCUUCCAAUGUGUAUGUACAACGAUAGUUUAACACACACGUCACUUUUUAGAAGCGCACAGCCAUUGGUUGCAAACUUAAGUUAUUACAAAAGAGUCUUUGCAGACAGUGAAUCAAAAGAAGACCAGACAUAUCUCGAUUGUAUGCGUACUGUUGGGAAGUCAAACGAUUCAAUUCUGAUCAUUUUAGACUGCCGUCCUUACACCAAUGCAUAUGCAAAUCGAGUGAAUGGGGGUGGGUACGAGAACACAAACACAUACAUUAAAACAGAUCUUCAGUUCUUGAACAUGCCAAACAUCCACGAAGUGAGAAACAUAUAUACCAACAUGAGAAAUGCACUUCGUGACCGAAAAACAUUAACACCAACACAAUACUUCUCUAAAACAAGUGGCUGGUUAGAACUAUUGUACACUCUGUUAAUAUCAACGAAAAUGGCUGUUGGCUUGAUCAGGAGUGAAGUGAACGUAUUGGUUCAUUGUAGUGAUGGGUGGGACAGAACUGCACAAAUGUCUGCACUCACACGUCUUGUUUUAGAAAAGAAGGCACGAACAGUCAAAGGCUUUUUCGACUUGAUCUAUCAAGAGUGGAUUUUGGCUGGUCAUAAGUUCAUGACAAGACUUCAUUUAAGUAACGAUGAGAACUCCCCUGUUUUUCUUCAGUUCAUCGAAGUUGUCGUCAUGCUUGUGAAACACCGUCCAAGUGCUUUUCAAUUCAACGAAGACUUCCUGAUCGAACUUGCUGCGGAAGCUGUGUGCCCCAAAACAGUGACAUUUCUAUUUGAUUGUGACAGCGAUCGAAAUAAUGCGAAUUGUCAAAAUUAUGAGGACUUUUUUACUAUUGAGGAGAAGAACUGGGAAGAAAUUGACUGUGAGAAGUUGGAGGAUGUUGACUUGGAUAUUUGUUGCAACGAGUUUGGAGUAUGGGAAAGAUAUUAUCUAAGAAAAACGGAAUGCAUAGUGAUCGAUUCUAUAUGA